AUGAACCCCUGUCCGUUGGGUAAAGGCGGAAACUUUCCGUUCUCCGCGUUCAUCCUUCUUCCGCCAGAAGCCGUCAUCACCGACCGAGAUGUAACAUCGUUCCAAAGAACUUCUGCUAUUGAAUCUCACUAA